AUGAACAUGACUAGCCCCAGGCUAAAGCUCUUCGGCUUCCACGUCUCCGAGGAGAGGCACGAGCUGGCGGCCCGGGAGACGGAGGCGGCGGAAGCCGAGCCGGAGGAGGCGCCGGCUUGCGGUAACGGUGGCGGAGGGUCUGACUCGUCGUCCUCGUCUACCACCACGACCACGGCCACGGCCACGGCAGCUGGUGACGGGCGGAGGUACGAGUGCCAGUACUGCUGCCGCGAGUUCGCCAACUCGCAGGCGCUGGGCGGCCACCAGAACGCGCACAAGAAGGAGCGGCAGCAGCUCAAGCGCGCGCAGCUGCAGGCCGCGGCCGCGGCCGCUGGCCGCGUCGCGGGCGGGGCCGCCGCGCUCUACCCGCGCGCCAACCCGAUGGUGUCCGCCUUCGUGCCGCCGACGCACCUCCUCGGCGGCGGCGGCGACACGGCGCCCACGAGCUGGGUCUACUUCUCCCCGCGCGCCGCCGGCGUGGCCGGGGGCCCGCAGGGCCAGCAGUUCCACGUCUCCCACAACUGUGUGUUCCCGUCGCGCACCACCCCGGCCGCCGCCGUGACGGCGUCGCCGGCCGUGUUCUCCUACACCGCUGCGCCCUCCGCCGCCGGCGCCGCCUCGGCGCCCUACGUGACCGACGACCACAGCGGGCGGAGGGUCCACGUGAGCCCGGCGGCCGCCCGCGGGAGAUACCCCGGCAUGGCCGCUGGCCCUGGGAUGGCGGUGGUGGCGGAGCCCGUGGUCACCGGGCCGGAGGACGCCCUGGGGCUGGACCUGCAGCUCAGCCUUGCGCCCGCCGGCUUGUGA